UCGUUCACAAUUGACCCAGCAGCGGCGGCGGCAGCAGCAGCAGUGGGACGUCCAUCACAUGAUUGCGGAAAAAUGGAAGUGAGUUUCCUGCUCGUCUAACUUCUCCUCCACCCGAAAACACGCCGACCACUCCGGCAGCGACACUGUGACAUGGAGAAGCUGGACUCGACCUCCGAGCUGCUGCAGUCGAGGCUCUCGUCGCUCUCUUUCUCCUCUUUCCCCGGAGUCACGUCCCACCAGGGCGACACGGCGCCUCCGGACAGGCUGCAGAGCACAGAUCUAUCGACGGGCUCUCGACUUGUCGACCGUCAACCGGAAAUGGAGUCAAGAGAGGAGCCGAGUCAGACAGAGAAAGAACCAGAGCAGACCAGAACCUCCAGCAGCCUCUCGACCUCCGAGGUGAAAGCAGCCGAGAUGCCGCCGCUGAAGCCGGCGACCACGUGGACGUCGGCGGCGAUGAAGGAGCUGAAGGCGAAGCUGCGCGCGGAGAAGGACGCGGUGGUGACCGUCUACCGCGGCGACAUCAUGACGGUGCACGUACCCACCGUGCCUGAGGCCAAGAAGGUCUGCUGGGAGUUCGCCACCGACGGCUACGAUAUCGGCUUCGGGGUCUACUUCGACUGCAGCCCAGUAACAAGCCGCUCCAUCACGGUGCAUGUCAGCGAGUCGAGCGACGACGAGGACGAAGAGGACGAGCUAGAAGCUCCAGUUAGCAACGGCGACGUGGAAAAAGGGUCCAAAAGUUCGAGGGGCGGCGGCAGCAGCAGUGUAGCGGAGAUCUUACCGGUGUACCGGCAGGACAGCCACAUGGCGGUGUGCGGCGGAAGCCACGAGUUCACCGGAGACGGCACCUAUCUGCUGAAGUUUGACAACUCCUACUCGCUGUGGCGGAACAAGACUCUCUACUACCGAGUCCACUACAGCGCCUGAACUCUCUCGGUCCAGGAAGAAACUAUAUUUUUAUCACGCUGCUGCACGUCUGACGGCUCUGAAUGUCUCGCGUUUGAUGAAGCUGGCGGGUCGUUGCAACAAAAAGUGCCGCUUCACCACCGAAGCUUCCGGCAUUAGCGCCACCCCGCCUCUCUUUUUACGACCCAAAUAAAAGCCAUCUCUUAUCAUUAUGUAAUGUAGGUCCAAUAUUUGCAUUUAAUUUGUUCCUGGGUCGCGGAGCCCGCUACGAUACAUCAACUCUGCUGGUUCUCCCAACUCUGGAUUAAAAAAACAAACAUUUGAUGCCUCUUUAGAAUAUCUAGUGAUGCGUUAUUUAUACAAAAAAUAUUAAAUACAUUUCAAAUGUUGUUGCUGUCUGUGUUCCAAAUUAUAUUUUAGAUACAAUUCUUCUAGAAUAAAAUUAACAAGAACAAUAUCAUUUAAUAAAAAUAAGUGUUUUAUUUCAACACAUUAAAUUGUUAUAUAGAGAAAUAUUUAUGAUCUCAAUGGAUCUAUUUCCUCUGAAAAAAAAAAAAUCCUAAAUUAUUUUGAAAAAACUAAUUCACACAUAUCUGUACAUUGUAUUUUCAUACAAAAAAGAUUAAGUUUUGAAAUUUAACACUUCAACAUAUGCAUGUUUGAAAUUGUUUCAAACAUAGAUCUAAAAUUAUGCAUCAAUUAUUCAACAUAUUUAUUCUUAUAUUUACUUAUUGACAGAAAGUAUAGCUGCGUGUAAUUUUCCGUUUGGGGGGUUGAUACAUGUAUGUGAUGUUUAACUGGAUUGCCAGGUAAUUUCCCGCCAUAAAUAAUUAAAUAUUGAGUUAUUGGAAAAACAGAUUUUUUUUUCAGCUCUAUGUUAUGUGUACAUUUUUAGCGUUAAAAGCUAAAAAAGAACCACAGUUUUGGCUCUUGUUUCCAGUGUACGUCCCUGGCUUCCUCUUGUGUGUUUCUGCACGUCGUGUGUCAUUGAAGAACCUGUUCCUCAAUAAAGAUCUG